AUGUCUUUCUUUUCGUCUAUUCCGACCAUAUUUUCAACUGCAUUAGAACAUUAUACUAAAGGUCCACCUAGAAAAUCAUGGGAUCUAAAAUUUCAUUUGUUAAUAGCAAUGAUUCAACACAAUAUGAGCUUACCAUUAAAGUCUAUUGAACAAGCUCAAAAGGAAUUUGAAAAACAGUUUGAAGCUAAAAUUCCUCCUAAUCUAACUAUAAAAGAAGUUUUAUUAGAUGAGGAAUAUAGACAAAAGAGUAAAACGCAUUUAGAAAAGAUUUUGAAGCAAUAUGAUGAUGUAUUAGACGAGAGAUGGAAAGAUCCAAAUGAUGAAGGAUUGCAUGGGGAAUGGAUGUAUAUUAAUGAAAAAUCCAGUGAAACUGAUAAUGUGAUUUUAUAUUUGCAUGGUGGUGGAUUUUGUGUCGGCUCACCUAAAUGUACUAGAAUAGUUACACGAAAAUUUGUUGAGCUUGCUGAUUCUCGAAUUUUUGCACUUGAUUAUCGUCUUUCGCCAAAAAGCCAAUUUCCUGCCGCUCUUUGUGAUGCCCUCGCUGCGUAUCUAUAUCUUACAAAUCCCGGUCCAAAUGCUGGAUUUGAACCGAUCAACCCUAAAAGAAUUGUAUUAGCUGGUGAGAGUGCAGGUGGCAAUUUAGUUUUUUCUGUGCUCUUAGCUUUAAGGGAUGCUGGAUUACCUUUACCAGCGGGUGCAAUUCCAUUGUCUCCAUGGGUUGAUUUAACUCAUAGUAUGCCAUCAUUUAUGGAUGCCGAAAUGGAUAAAACAGACUAUAUACCCUCAAAUCUAGGCCUUUUUACAAAUUAUCCUUCAUCGCCUAUCAUGGACGAAUAUCAUACCAAUGCAAAAGUACUAGCUGAUAAAAUCGCUCUAAAAAAACCUACUAUUGUUGGUCAUCCUUCUUUUACGGCAUUACCUCGUUUUAAUCUUUAUUGUCCUAAUGAAGCGUUGGCAAUCCCUUAUGUUACGCAACAAGUUGGAGGUGAUGAAAGAUUUCGUGACGAAUCUAUCCUGAUUAGUCAUAAAGCUGCAAGUCCUCAUGAAUAUAAAUUACCUUUAUAUGCAACUAAAAAUUUUGAAAUGUCGUCUUUUAAGAAACCUACUAAAGUUAUACUUGAAGUCUAUGAUGAUAUGCCUCAUGCCUGGCACUUAAUCCCUUUUUGUAAACCUUCUCAAAUAGCAUUAGAACGUUGUUGUGAUUUUAUAAAACGUGCUGUUUCAAUUGACGACAAUAAUACUUCAAUGAUUGAUCUUAUUAAAGAAGAGGAAGUAUCCUCUUCUAUUUCUGUUUCUCCCUCAUUUAUUGCAAUGAGAAUUAAUCCAGAUGGUAUGAUCAGAGAAUUGAAUGAAACUGAUCGGGAUUGUUUAAAAUGGGAUAAAAUUGGUGUAGUGCCUAACAUUCCUAAUAAAAUUUAA